AUGGCAUUGCUUUCUCUAAGCAUCUAUCUUCUUCUUCUGCUCCAAAUCUGCACUGCCGACAUAUUCAGCCCGCAGCAGCAACAAUGGAAGAACUUCGCCGGCCCGCAGCGUCACCGUCUCCAGGCAAGAACUAGCUGCGACAUCGACCGAAUCAGCGCCCGCGAACCAAACCGUCGGAUCCAGGCUGAGGCCGGUGAAACCCAUGUCUGGGAUCUUGAAAACGAUGAGUUUCGAUGUGCUGGUUUUGUCGCAAUCAGACAGAUUAUUCAGUCACGUGGCCUACUAUUGCCUUCUUACACUAAUGUACCUCAAAUCUUUUAUGUCAUACGAGGCUGCGUUGAGACAUUCGAAUCAGGUAGACAUUUUGCUAGUUUUGGAGAGGAGAAGGAGAGGUUUUCGUCGGACAGGCAUCAGAAGGUUCGAGAAAUUCGACAAGGCGAUGUCUUUGCAGUCUUACCUGGUAUGACAACAUGGGCAUUUAACGACGGAGAGAACUCUCUCGAGAUUGUUUCGCUUCUCGAUCUUGGAAACAAUGCCAACCAGCUCGAUCUCCGAAUUAGAAAAUUCUUCUUGGCUGGAAAAUCAUUCUCCCACGACGAGGAAAAACGAAGAGGAGAGGAAUGCCGUGGAGACCAAUGCCAAGAAGCCGGAGAUAGGGCAUUUUCACGUGAAGAAGAAUAG